CUGGGGCGCGCGGGCCUUGUGUGCGCGCUCUGCCGCUCCAGGAGGAGGAUGGCCCGGGAGGGAAAGUUGGGGUGACGCGCCCUGCCCCCGGACGCUCGCCAGGGGGCACGGAGGCGAGCCCGACAGAGCUGUGGCCACCCAGGCUGGGGGCGCGCAGUCUGGGCACCACCGUCACCACGUUCGCCCCCUCACUGCAGGUGGCCGCGGGAGCUCCGAGUCCGGGUGUCCCGGGGGCGCGGGCGGGCGCGCGCGCGGGGAGCCCGGCUGAGGGAUGGGCUGCGCCCCCAGCAUCCAUGUCUCGCAGAGCGGCGUGAUCUACUGCCGGGACUCGGAUGAGUCCAACUCGCCCCGCCAGACCAGCAGCCUGUCGCAGGCCCCCACGGUGCCCCUGCACGGCCUCUUCGUGCAGACCGACGCCGCCGACGCCAUGCCCCCGAGCCGUGCUCCUGGACCCCCGGGCGCCGUCCGAGUCCGCAGGUCCCGGGCCGAGCUGGGCAGCGGCAGCAGCACCGGGUCCUCGGGCCCCGCCGUGACCACCUGCCGGGGCCGGAGGCGCCACUGCUGCAGCAGCGCCGAGGCCGAGACCCAGACCAGCUACACCAGUGUCAAGCAGGUGUCUUCUGCGGAGGUACGCAUUGGGCCCAUGAGACUGACACAGGACCCUAUCCAGGUUUUGCUAAUCUUUGCAAAGGAAGAUAGCCAGAGUGAUGGCUUCUGGUGGGCCUGUGACAGAGCUGGCUACAGAUGCAACAUUGCCCGAACCCCAGAGUCGGCCCUGGAGUGCUUUCUGGACAAGCAUCAUGAAAUUAUCGUGAUUGAUCACAGGCAAACCUGGAACUUCGAUGCAGAAGCGGUGUGUAGGUCAAUCCGGGCCACAAACCCCUCUGAGCACACAGUGAUCCUGGCCGUGGUUUCACAAGUAUCUGAUGACCAUGAAGAGGCCUCAGUUCUCCCUCUUCUCCAUGCAGGCUUCAACCGGAGAUUUAUGGAGAAUAGCAGCAUAAUUGCUUGCUAUAAUGAACUGAUUCAAAUAGAACAUGGGGAAGUUCGCUCACAGUUCAAAUUACGGGCCUGUAACUCGGUGUUUACAGCAUUAGACCACUGUCAUGAAGCCAUAGAAAUAACAAGCGAUGACCAUGUGAUUCAGUAUGUCAACCCUGCCUUUGAGAGGAUGAUGGGCUACCACAAAGGGGAGCUCCUGGGGAAAGAACUCGCUGAUCUUCCUAAGAGUGACAAGAACCGGGCAGAUCUCCUGGACACCAUCAAUGCGUGCAUCAAGAAGGGAAAGGAGUGGCAGGGGGUUUACUAUGCCAGACGGAAAUCCGGGGACAGCAUCCAACAGCACGUGAAGAUCACCCCGGUGAUUGGCCAAGGAGGGAAAAUUAGGCAUUUUGUCUCCCUCAAGAAGCUGUGCUGUACCGCUGACAGUAACAAGCAGAUUCACAGGAUUCAUCGUGAUUCUGGGGACAACACUCAGACAGAGCCUCAUUUGUUCAGACACAAGAGCAGGAGGAAAGAGUCCAUUGAUGUGAAAUCAAUAUCUUCCCGAGGCAGUGAUGCGCCAAGCCUACAGAAUCGCCGCUACCCCUCCAUGGCAAGGAUCCACUCCAUGACCAUUGAGGCCCCCAUCACAAAGGUUAUAAAUAUAAUCAAUGCAGCUCAAGAAAACAGUCCAGUUACAGUAGCAGAAGCCUUGGACAGAGUUCUAGAGAUUUUGCGGACCACAGAACUGUACUCCCCUCAGCUGGGAACCAAAGAUGAAGACCCUCACACCAGCGAUCUUGUUGGAGGCCUGAUGACUGAUGGCUUAAGAAGAUUAUCAGGGAAUGAGUAUGUGUUUACAAAGAAUGUCCACCAGAGCCACACUCAGCUCUCCAUGCCCAUCGCCAUCAAUGAUGUCCCCCCUAGUGUCGCCCAGCUACUCGACAACGAGGAGAGUUGGGACUUCAACGUCUUUGAAUUGGAAGCAGUUACCCAUAAACGGCCUCUGGUGUACUUGGGCUUAAAGGUCUUCUCUCGGUUUGGAGUAUGUGAAUUUUUAAACUGUACUGAAACCACCCUUCGGGCCUGGCUGCAAGUGAUCGAAGCCAACUACCACUCCUCCAACGCCUACCACAAUUCCACCCAUGCUGCUGAUGUCCUGCAUGCCACAGCUUUCUUCCUCGGAAAGGAACGAGUGAAGGGAAGCCUCGAUCACCUGGAUGAGGUGGCUGCGCUGAUUGCUGCCACGGUCCAUGACGUGGAUCACCCUGGAAGAACCAACUCCUUCCUGUGCAACGCAGGCAGUGAGCUGGCCGUGCUCUACAAUGACACCGCCGUCUUGGAGAGCCACCACACCGCCCUGGCCUUCCAGCUCACGGUCAAGGACGCCAAAUGUAACAUCUUCAAGAAUAUCGACAGGAACCAUUAUCGCACACUGCGCCAGGCUAUAAUCGACAUGGUUUUGGCCACAGAGAUGACGAAACACUUUGAACACGUGAACAAAUUUGUGAACAGCAUCAACAAGCCACUGGCAGCUGAGAGUGAGGGCAGCGACUGUGACUGCAACCCUACCGGGAAGAACUUCCCUGAAAACCAAAUCCUGAUCAAGCGCAUGAUGAUUAAGUGCGCUGACGUGGCCAACCCAUGCCGCCCCUUGGACCUGUGCAUCGAGUGGGCCGGAAGGAUCUCCGAGGAGUACUUCGCACAGACUGAUGAGGAGAAGAGGCAGGGGCUUCCCGUCGUGAUGCCAGUGUUUGACCGCAGCACCUGCAGCAUCCCCAAGUCCCAGAUCUCCUUCAUCGACUACUUCAUUACAGACAUGUUUGAUGCUUGGGAUGCCUUUGCACAUCUGCCAGCCCUGAUGCAGCACUUGGCUGACAACUACAAACACUGGAAGACACUGGAUGACCUCAAGUGCAAAAGUCUGCGACUUCCAUCUGACAGCUAAAGCCACGCCAGGGGAGGGGACCUCCUGAUGGACAGAGGACGCUGAAUCACAGAGGAGUACAAUCAAGAGGGUUUCCUCUGUAAUGACAAUGACAGGUGUAGACUAAGGAACUAAUGUUUAAUAUCUGACCUGAAUCAUGCACGCCCCUAAAUUUCAUUUUCAGAAAGUUAUGUUCCGUCAAUAAAAGAUGUUCUUUUGAAUCACUGGGUGACAAAACCACUUGGCAGCCUCUUCUGCCAUGCUGCUAGCCUGCGUGCCCUUGUAAAACCACAGAGCUGACUGACUCACUGUAGGUACAAGCAGGACACAAGAAACAAAGUGUCUCUGCGUCUCCUGAUGGAGACCAGGUAGUCUAGCCAGUGUUCACUCACUACUUGACUACUUUCCUCAAUGGCAAAAGUGUUAAGGAAUCCAAAACAAUCUUCUCUGAGGAGAUGUGUGUAAAGGAGCUACUUAAAAUGGGCAGAAUGAGAAGGAAACCAUCCGUAAACGUUAGCACCGCAGUGUGACACCCACGUGAGCGUCUGCCGCCUGGGGAGCCCCUUCCUCUGUGGAAUCCAGCUUUCAGGAGCCGACAGAUGGAGGAAAGUGGGGUACUGCUUGGGGGGUCCUUGCGUGUCCCUUCUUCAGGCUCACGGACACAGCCACAUGUCAGAGUAUCUAUAAAAAGCCAUUAAAUCUGAAUGCUCGCGGACAAGCUUUAAACAAAAAAAGAUUUAAGA